GAGCGGGGAGCAAGCAGAGCUCGCGAUGGCGCCGCUGUCGUGGCGGCACCACACCCUGCUGCAGGCGCUGCUCACCCGCGGCCCUCUCUCCGAGCGCGACUUCCACGCCGUCUUCGCCGCCGUAUCCGGCAGGAACCCCGCCACUCAUCAACAACUGUUCAAUGAUACACUUCUGAAGAUCAACAAGGACCUCGCAUAUUUGCAGUUUGAGUUGCGAGCAUGCAUCAACCAAUAUGAUGGAACGGUGUAUUGUGGAGUGGUUAAUAACAUUGCUGACGAAGAAUCAAAGCUUGGAACAAAGUAUUCUGUGCCCCAGAUUGCAUUCUACAAGGGACUGUUAGAAGCAAUAGUUCAGGAAGCUGGAAAUGAUGGGAGCAUAACCAGUAUUGACGCUCUCAAUGUCCGGCUUGACAACCAGGUCAUUAUUGUAGAUGGUUCACAGGAAAGCUAAUCUCGUCUUCCUACUUCCAUAAAGAACUUCUCACUGAGCCAGAAAGAGAAAGCUCUAGAUGAACUGAUACGGGAUAGUUGGUUGUCAUACACCUCCACAGGCAAGAUUGGUCUGGGCACCAGAUCAUUUCUUGAUCUCCGAAGCUGGUUCCGUGGUAACGGCAUCCCAUCAUGCAUGGUGUGUAACGAAGCUUGUAUAAAGGCAUCUAGUUGUCCUAAUGAGGAAUGCAAUGUAAGAAUCCAUGAAUAUUGUCUGAGGAAAUUUUCACAGCGAAAGUCUUCAAGAGCCUGUCCUGGUUGUGGUACCGAAUGGCCCCGUCAGGAUGGUGAAGCCGACGGUGAUGAUGAUGUGAAUGAACCUGAGGAGGAUCAAGCCCCAUCAGCUAAACGUUCCUCGAGAAAGAGGCACAAUCAAGUCAAAGCUGAACUGGUGGAAGAAAAUGACAACGCAGGCCCAUCAACGGCGUUGCCUAGGAGGAGCUCAAGAAGCAUUAAAGCCGAAGCAGUCGAGGCUGCUCAAGAGGCGUCUUCUGCAGGAGCUUCGCAGGCAACCAGGACGUCCAAAAGAAGGAAGAAAUGAUGACGCUGGCUAAUGAAUGAUAGGUACUGAGAUUGGCGGCUCUCUUUUGUUAUGUAGCCUUAAGAUGAUGGCGUUACAAACUCCUAGAGCUUAUUUAACUUGUGACAGUAUAUCAAUCUAGCUAAAGUGGUGCCA